AUGAUGAGGCCAGAGCUCCUCAUCACUUUUCUGCUCUCCUGCUCUGCUUCACAAUGUGGCUGUGUGAUUUAUUUCUGUGGCCUGAUGUGAGGGGUAUGUUGCUUUUUAUUUUUGUCGUUCUCCUCCUGGUAGUAUAUUUCCUUCACAAAAAGGAUCCACCGAACUUUCCUCCGGGACCACCGGCUCUGCCUGUCUUAGGAAACGUCUUCAGCAUUGAAUCCAAACAGCCUCAUAUUUACCUCACCAAGCUUGCUGAUGUUUAUGGGAAUGUGUUCUGCAUACGUCUGGGAAGACACAAAACCGUGUUUGUGUCUGGGUGGAAGACGGUGAAGGAAGCUUUAGUGGCGCAGGCUGACAGCUUUGUGGACCGACCUUACAGCCCGAUGGUGACCAGAAUCUAUUCAGGGAACUCAGCUGGUCUUUUCUUCAGUAAUGGGAGGGUGUGGAGGAGACAGCGGCGCUUUGCCAUGACCACGUUACGCACCUUCGGUCUGGCCAAGAACUCCUUGGAGCAGAGCAUCUGUGACGAGAGCCAGCAUCUGCAGGAGGCGAUGGAGGAGGAGGAAGGUGAACCGUUCGACCCUGUGCCGCUGCUGAACAACGCCGUGGCCAACAUCAUCUGCCAGAUAGUGUUUGGGAGGCGGUUUGACUACAACGACCACAACUUCCAGAACAUGCUGAAGAAUCUGACCGAGUUGGCCUAUCUGGAAGGCUCAGUAUGGGCUCUACUGUAUGAUGCAUUUCCAGCACUUAUGAAACACCUUCCAGGGCCUCACAACGGCAUCUUCAGCAGCUCCAAAUCUCUGGAAGCAUCUAUCAGGAGAGAGAUUGAGAGACACAAGCUGGAACUGGACCCCAGCAAUCCACGAGAUUACAUCGACAACUUCCUCAUAGAGGAGAAACACAACAGAAACAGUGAAGAGGGCUUUGAUGAAGGGAACCUGGCUCUGUGCUGUCUGGAUCUGUUCCUGGCCGGCAGUGAAACCACUUCAAAGACUCUGCAGUGGGGGCUCAUCUACCUCAUCCAGAACCCUCACAUCCAGGAGAAAGUCCAGGCAGAGCUCGACAGAGUGAUCGGACAGACCAGGCAGCCCACCAUGGCCGACAAACCAAACCUGCCUUAUACUGACGCCGUCAUCCACGAGAUCCAGAGGAUGGGAAACAUCGUUCCACUGAAUGGACUCAGGAUGGCUGCUAAAGACACAACGCUGGGAGGUUACUUAAUACCAAAGGGCACCUCUGUAAUGCCGAACCUGACCUCUGUGCUAUUUGACAAGAACGAAUGGGAAACUCCAAACACCUUCAACCCUGAACACUUCCUAGACGCUGAGGGGAGGUUUGUGAGGAAGGAGGCAUUUUUACCUUUCUCUGCAGGAAGACGUGCGUGUCUCGGUGAAGGCCUGGCGAGGAUGGAGCUGUUCCUGUUUUUUGUCAGUUUGUUGCAGAGGUUUCAUUUUUCCACCCUGGAUGGAGUUGAGCUGAGUACAGAAGGAAUCACUGGGGCCACACGAACACCGUUUCCCUUUAAGAUCCAUGCAAAAUCCCGCUAA